AUGGGCAAAAAAGAUAAGAAGAAGGGCAAGGGAGCGGAGAAAGCGCAGGCCAAGGCGCUCAAGAAAGCUUCCAAGAAAGAAGAAGGCCUCGACGAGUUGGAAGCGCUGAUCAAGUCUUACCAAGAACAAGACGCGAAAGAAAACACCGUCGCCGAAACUGCCAUGGAACAGGCACCCUCACAAAGGUCUCACUGCACAUUUGUGGCACAUUGCGAGAAAGAUUUAUUGUACAGAAAUGUUCAAUGA